GAGGCUUCUGGAAACAGCUAAUACCCCUGUCUACUGAGGUAAGGAGAUUUCUGACCACUGAAGGAAAGGAAACUUACUAGAAGCAUAAAAAAGGACACGGGUGGAGAAGGAGAUGUUUUGGUACCUUCUAACUUACCAAAAAAAACAAGGAAACAGAUGCUUUCAGGCAGAAAAAAAACAUUUUCCUGAUGUCUUGUCUUUCUGCUGCUAAAAGAGACAAAAAUGGGAGGAAAUUCAUCAAAAUCACCUCCUGUUACUCCUGCACCUUCACCAGAACUAAAAUGUCCUUGGAGGUCAGUAAAUUGGAGUACUAAACAGGAGAUAUUGAAACACUUGAACGUUUUAAAGCCAAGUGUGGAGCCCCUUAGGAUACUGCUGUAUGGACCAGCUGGGGCAGGGAAGUCAUGCUUCAUAAACUCUGUUCAGAGGGCCCUCUUAGGCUGUAAUGCCAGUAGUUCUCUGGAAAGCUCAGCAGGAGCCGGAGAAAGCUCCACUCUUUCAAUCAAAUCGUACAAGCUGAAGAAGCGUGGAGGUGGACAUUAUCCUUUUGUUUUCAGUGACAUCAUCGUGCUUGACCCGAGCAAAGGAGGGAUACACACUGAAGACAUCAUCAAAGUUUUAGAGGGACGUAUUUUAGAAGGCUACAAAUUUGAUGCCGCAUCACCUAUAACUGAGGAUGAUCCAAAGUACAAUCACUGCCCAAAUCUAUGUGAUAAAGUCCACUGUCUGGUAUACGUUCUUCCUUCUGAUAGUACGGCUCCCAAUGUGAUUGAAAAAAUAAGGAAAAUUCAAGAGAAAGCUUCUAAAAGCAUACCAAAAGUCAUUGUGUUGACAAAAGUGGAUAAAGUAUCUGAGAUGGUCAACCGAGACUUGAGAAAAGUUUACCACAGCAAGAAGAUCGAAGAGAAGGUAGAGGACUGCAGUGAUAAACUGACCAUCUUGUCGGACAACAUCCACCCUGUGAAGAACUAUCAUGCAGAGGUCAAUGAAGAUGCCAAUGUUGAUGUUCUCAUCCUCAUGGCACUGAGGAAUAUUGUUAAAUUAGCCAACAACUACGCAAAAUGAAUCGAGUGGCAAUUCACACAUAGAGUAAAGGGGAAUUCCACUCAUUUUUCAAAAUGUCUGCAUUACUUUAACAUUUAUUACUUUAUUUUCAUUUUGCCGUUAUCUUUAUGACUAAAAAACUAUCCUAUAUAUGUGGUGUUAUAUAUUAUAUGACAAAAUUAACCACACAAAAAUGUGAAAUUACAUAAUCAUGUUGUAGCCGUGCAGCGCUACCUGUGUUAGCAACCCGGAAGUAGGUGCUUUGCUGCUGUGACAUAACGCUAAUUUGUCCUAUUGGUCUUUACACUAUGCUGUCCACCGAUGUCUGCAAAUGACGCUGUAUGAUUCUAAUAUCUCUGUGGAUUUGCUUGAUAAUUCAUUCAUUUGAUCUGAGUGGUUCAUCUGGGCUGCAGCAUUCACUGCUUUGUUUAGAAAGAUGUCAGUAUGAGCAGAGCUGCAUCCUAGCUGUGUGCAAGGGGUGAAAUAAAUCUGCCUGAUAAAUGUAUUUUUAUCCACAUUUGGCACAUAUUAAUUCAUUAUCUGAUGUUGUAAAAUAAAUACCCAUUGCAAAAAACUACAACCAUGUUGCCUACACGUAUUAGCUGCUAGCUAACAGCAUUAGUCAGAGCUCCUGUGAAGACUGUCUGUGGUCGUUAUCAUAAACAAGCUUUUAUGUAACAGUGAUGUAAUCUAGGCAGCUAGUUUGUAAAACAUUGAUUAGUUAACGUUUGUCUGAUUGUGUAUUAUAUAACAUGUAUAAUGUUAUUUGUUCAUUUGUUAUUUACUUGUUUCCUGUUACUGG